AUGGACAAUGUCAAGCACCAAGACAACAUGAAUGGGUUUAACUGGGAAAGGGCCCAGCAGCGACGAACUGCUGGACUUACAAAUGCUACCGGUGGCCGUCCAAAAGAUAGGGCUAUCAAAAAGGGCGGCGAGCAGGAAAAGGGGACACCGCACAAAUUUUCAAGAGCAAGGAGUGUUUGGCGACAAUCUGCUUUACCAACACACGCCACUCACUCGGACAAUAAAAGAAACACCCCUGAUUGGAGAAAGAAAGGUGCACAGACUUCCCAGAACAAGGCGGAUGGCUGGAUAGUUGGGAAUAAUCAAGGGAGUCAACGCACAGAAGACAGUUGGGCAAGUAAGGAUGACAUCCAAGGAAACAAGAACACAGGUGAUGGCUGGACAAUGAAGGAUGACAAUCAAGGAGACAAAAACACGGACAAUGGCUGGACAGCAAGCAGCAGUGUUCAGAAACCAGUCACCGGAAAUGGUCUGGUAGUAAGUGAUGCUAAACCAACAUCACUCCCUAAAUUCCACCCUAUCAGGGCAGAUAAUCGUUAUAGACAACAAAAGAGCCACCCAUGUGGCGGCAGCACCAAUAUUAAACUCUCGGACUUGCGCGCCAUGCAAAAUGGGAUUUUGAAAUCCGCAAAGAUUACCCACUGUGAAUAUGCGGGAUCAUACAAUUGGCUUGACAAUUCAGUGCCAACAAUCCUGAUACCAGGGGCACCACCCGUCUGGACGCCCAUUCGUGGACCUCACCAACUCAAGCAGGAUAAGGGCAAAUAUUUCCGCGAUCAAAAUUCCGCACGAUGGCGAAAGCAUCCUCUAGAGCCAGCAAUUCGAGCGGUUUUGGACUAUAACCCCAAAUUUGAUCCAGAGGAUAUUGACGUUGUUACCUGCGCCGGGAUCCUAGGCAGUCUGUUCAAAUUUGCUUCCUCAGUCCCGUGGACGUUUGGGUUCGAUAUGGAAAAAGUGGGCAAGACUGUCUUUAUCGUCAGACGCGAGAAAAAACCAGACGAAAUCAUCGAAGGAGUUUAUGGAUAUGGCCAUACCUUUCCCGAGGCUAACACUAGCUGGGACACGUCAGUGAAAAACUCCGUUUCCCAUCAAAGAAUCAUUCGAUAUCGAUUUGCCGGACUCAAUCUUCUGGUUCGGUAUGAAGCGGACGGGUACUUCCCUAAUAUGGUCCAUAAGCUGGAUGAGCUUUUCGAGGUUAUUGGACGUGAUGCAAAAACGAGCGACGUCGACAGCCUAGUCGAUGCUACAAAGAAACAUCAAGUGACCGAAACACGAGCAACUGAACAUAGCACGCUUCAGAUUCGGCAGGCGGGAUCGAUUGUGCCUCAAGAAGCUCUAUUUGACAUCAAAACCCGCCACAAAGACAAUGAGAUUGAUAUGCUUGUCCAGCUCCCACGUCUAUGGGCACGCCAGAUGAAGAAUUUCGUCCUUGCCUAUCAUCAAAAUGGAUUUUUCGGCGAAAAAACCAUUAUUCAAGACCUUAGCACCGAUAUCGAAAAAUGGGAAGACGCCAAUCAAUCGACCCUGUCACUUGUGGCAGUCGGUCUAAAGAGAUUAAUCACAGAGAUCAAUAAAUCUGAGACGUCGCGCUUGGAGGGUUGGCGAAGUCGAGACGGCCCAUUAGUCCUUCGAGCUCAGGACGACGAGUCGAAAAGCGUAUUGCCCGCAGAUCUCACGUCAAAAUGGGAGGGAACGCAUUCAGAAACCGAGGAGGAGGAGGAUGGGCCCCCCAGCGAAGACGAAUGGGACUUUGUCGACCCGAAAGGAAAAGACCUUUUGCUUGAUUAUUAG